CAUAGCCAUUUUACGUUAUGUUUGUAGGGGGCCUUAAGAAAAAGGCUGUCGAUUGUGGACGUUGCGUUUUCAUAUUUGGGGUAAACAACCGCGUGGACUGGCCAACUCACCGACUACCGCGGCUAGGCCACCCUCCAAAAAAGUACUUUUAACACGUCCUGACACCGGAGAUGGUCACCAGUCAUGAGUAGCUACUAGGUUGGUGGUGAUAACAGGAGCUCAAGACCUCUACUCUCUUUUUGAAGACAUAGAAAUGGAUCAUUUUCUUUGUGGAUUAGACAGCACUCAGAAUGCAUGGUAUAAUUCUCGACCCGUACCCAGCGCACACGAAUUUGCAAUUGGAAAUAGUUCAUUUCAAUUGAUUCCAAUUACUACCUCAAAUAUUACGGCAGGUAUUCAUAAUGUGAGUGAUGUCUCAGAGUUUUGUAAUAGUAAUAGUGGUAGUGAUAGCAGCUCUGCCAACCCUAAUUCUGCUUUCAAACCCCUUCAUGAAGUCAAGAUAAAAAGUGAAGAUGAUACUAGGACAGGGCAAGAAAGACAAGAAGAUGAAACUCUAGUUCCUUCUAUGGCUCUUACCCCGUUAUCAACAAAUAAGUCUCACAAAUCAAAGUCAGGUGAAAGAUGGGAUGCUAAAAAGAUUUGCAAUAUUUGUGGAAAAGUUUUAUCUCGAGGUGACAAAUUGAAGAAUCACAUUCGAACACACAGCAACAAUUUUCCAUAUCACUGUGAUGCCUGCGGUCAGGGAUUUCUAAGAUCUGAAGGUUUAAGAGUUCAUACACGUAUUCAUACUGGUGAACGGCCAUAUGUAUGCAUGUUAUGUGGAAAAGCAUACACACGUAAAGACAAACUUACUCGCCAUGCAAUUAUUCACACUGGUGAAAGGCCUUUUGUUUGUCAGCACUGUGGGAAAUCUUUUACCAGAAAAGAUAAAAUGCAACGUCAUGAGCUUAUUCACCGGGUAGAUAAACCAUUUACUUGCUCUCCCUGUAAUUUAGAGUUUGUUCGUCAAGAAACCCUUAAUACUCAUCUUGAGAAGAAGCAUCCUGAACGUUUACCUUACACAUUGCUUCACCAGCCACGAUUAGGUAGUCCAGCUUAUCAUCAAGAACUUGAUUUUAGUUACUUAAUUGAUAGCAAGACUGGUAUUGUAAAAAUAACAAAUGAAGGUGGAAGGGCUUCAGGUGGUGACACACCUCCACCACAAUCUUCAGCAUCGAACAGUCCCAGGAACUUAGAACCGUCAGUGAAUAUUUCAACAGAGAGUACUUCAAAGGUGAAUCCUAGUUCUGCUGAUGACAGUAAUGUUCCACUUUAUGGUGAUAUGACAGAUUCAAGUAACACAACAACUGUUGAUACUUCAGCAAUCAGCAGUGGUCCAUUGCUAACUAACCAUUCAGUCAUGAAUGGCUUUAGUGGUGGGUCUUCUUUCUCAGAUAAUUCGGCUUCUGGUGGAGGUGGGGUCAAAUCACAUGCCGCUCAGUCAUGAACUAGAUAAAUAUCUAGAGUAGAGUAAAAGAUAGGAAUUAAAUAUAUAUUAGUUGCCACUGGACUAUCUGCGCUGGAAAAAAUGUCCUCCAUAUCAUAACAUGUUCUUUUGAUUAUCAGAAAUAGUACUAUAGUCAGGGGGCAUAGUUCAAAAUUUCAGGACAAUUGUUCAUUUUGUGAUAAAAGGAAGAAAAUUGGUAGACAUGUAGACUAAUAGGUCUUGAUCAUUUUCAGAUAUUGGGGCACAUGAAAUUAUGUCUGUGUCAGCCAUUUUUCCAAAAUGGCCACCAUAUGCCCCUGGUUUUGAGACAUUUGCCUCCGGAGUGUACUUAGUCCUCUAUAGAAUUAUUAACAUGGACAGAAAUGAAGAUUAUUUUGUGCAUUAAAAACAAGGAUAAAAUAUCAUCCCAAAAAAACCUGUUAACAAUGUUAUAAUUAUCAUUCUUAUUAUUACUUUUUUUCAUUCCGAGGCUGGUUGCUUUACAGUGUGGGGUUCAGGAUUGCAGCCUGCUACUUUGUUGUUGUUAUUAUUAUUAUUAUUAUUAUUAUUAUUAUUAUUAUUAUUAUUAUUAUUAUAUAUAUACUAUAUCAUUGAAAAUUCUGCAUACUUCAUUUGCUAAUGGUGGUGUUUCUGCUUACCUUUGCAGAAGGUUUUUGUCAUCCAAGUGGUGAGAAUGGUGGUGAAAGUACAAUGAUAGUAGUGCACUAAGACAGAAGUGAAAUUAAUUCAUGUUGAGCCACACAUGAACAAUAGUCGUGUCAAAGCCAUUUCAACUUGUUGGUCCCUGUGUGGCAAGUGCACUAAAGAAGCCCUUUGAUAUUAACUGGGACCUGUAUGUUUUAUGCCAGAAAGAGACAACAGAAUUCCUAACUUGUCCAGCAAAGUCAAAAUGAAGUGAUGCAAGAAGGGGCUACACAACACUGGCACAGAAUUUGGUGAGGUUCAAAUAACUUGGAAAGCUGCCCAGACAUAUACAGUUGGACAGAAUUAAUGAAGGACAAGUCCUUGAGGCUGCUCUGGUUGCUCAUGAGGGAGGCCAAGUAGCGCCAAAGGUGUAUGCUCCAAUACAACUACAAUGCUCCAAAGGACAGAAGAGAGGCAAUCCCACCUCUCAUAGUCAAACUCAGCCUUUUUGGCCACUAAGCCGUUGGCUGCACAGUUGCCACAGUUCUCUAAAUAAGCCACGACAGUGAUGAAGAAAUGUCUUGAUAUUUUUUAUACUAACUAAAUAUAUGGUAAUUACUCUGUUUCAUAAUAAAAUAGUGUUGAAGAAAUGUCUCUGAUAUUUUUUAUGCUAACUAAAUAUAUGGUAAUUACUGUUUCAUAAUAAAACUUCAUAUGUUUAAGAAUGACUAAGUUUUUGAUGGGAAAAUGAAUGUUACUAAAAAUGUUUUCCUGAGAUUUGACACACCUCUGUGCUGGGUUAGUGCUCCGUUGCCAUCUCAGCCCAACAAGGUCAUUCUGUGUCGCGGACCCACCAUGUAAACAUCUCCCACUUCUCGCUGCCCCCGGCUGCACAGUCAGACUACGGAAAUAAUUUAUAAAGUUAAUCGGUACUUUUUAGAUAAAAAGGCCAACGGCGGACACAGCCAAAGCCGCCAAAGUAAGCAAAAGGACAGUUAGAAGGAUUUGCUGAACACAAGAAAGAGAGAGAGGGAGAGAAAGGUGGGGCAGCAGUACCUACCUUGGGAGAAGUGGCAACGGUGGAAAAUCCAGGGUAAACAAGGCCAACGCCUUAGUGGCCAAAAAGGCUGAGUUUGACUAUAGUAGUGACACUGUACAAGUAAAUGUAUAAGAUCACACUCUUUGACAAAAGUCUUCAGAAGAGACUUGCUUCUUCUGUGGAGAGCUGGGCACAGACAGCCUUCAUGAAGCAUCAACCUUACAGAUGAACAAAAAUGUAGGGGAAUGUGCACCACUAGUUGGAGACAAUGAUGUUAGCCAGGCUAAGAAUGGGUGAUGUGGUUACACUGGAAACCACACCAAAUGCUUGACAUGCUUGUACAAUCAUGCCUGGAAGGCCAAGGGACAUGCAGAGCAAGCCACAGACCAUGAGCAUGAACUAGCUGGAAUUGUGUUUGCUGAACUUAUGUACAUUGAAGAAACCAGGCUGGAAACAGGUACUGCACCAGUAUUCAAGCUUAUAGAUCUUGCAAAUCAAUACAAGUCAAGACCUGAACAACCAGGGGUUGUUCUUGACAAAAGAGUAAACACAACAAGGCUAAAGGAGCAGCUACUGGCCGAGAUUCCAGAUGUGGUCAUACACCAGGGGAUGUGAUGUUCUGCUAGCAUUUGAUGAGGACAUUGGGGCAGCACUAGUGACAGUGAUGGUAUGAAACCUGGCAUAUGCUGCACGUAUUGUUCGAGAACUGGCAUAUGCUCCACGCACAUAUUGUUCGCCGCCACAUGUUUGAUGAUGGGUGUUUGAUGACUCGUUCAAAAUGAGAUGCCAAGAGAAGUCUGUGACAAUCCUAUUGCUGGCUCUUGUCAACAAGGUGCUUGAAGAACCCAGCAUUAAGAAUCAAAUCUACACAUCAACAUCACCAAGAACAAUGUCCAUUGCACAAGUUUUGAAGUUCAAUGCAGUUAAGCACAAUCGAAAGCUGGAAGCAAGCACAGCUUCCAAACCCCAAGAUACCUCAUCUUUAAAAUUCUAAGAAUGGUCACCCAUCAGGCAUAGCACUGCACAAGAAACUCCUCUCCCCAUCUACAUUGGCAUGUUGCUACAUGUGCAAACUCACAAGAAGGAGCAGGUGGGCAACUCUUCAACCUGGGCCCCGGCAUCUUCUAUCAGUAUGCCUGCAACUGUCAGCAGAAAUGGGCAACAGUGUGUGCCAAUGCUUUCACAUGGAGCAGGUUGUUUGCCCUCCAACAAUACGCAGCCAGCUGUUCAUAACAUCGAUCAUAACCAUCAGCAUAUGUAAACACUUGUAAGUAAACAAGUUAUACUCAGUAAUUUUGUGGGUUUCUUUUUCACAAGAAAACUGAAAGAAGUUUUUGUUUGGAUCUAUCUUAACCCCUGUGCCACCACAUCGAAGGACACAAUCAGAUGCACCCAAUGUCACUGCCAAGGUUCUUGAUGGAACUGUGGUUGUGCAGAUGCAGAAACCUGGUACAAUCAAGACAUUUGAGGAAUAUGCAAACCAAGUUUUCAUCCCUUACAUCCAAGGACAGCUUCAACAUUGCUCAGUCUUGACCUUGUGUGGGACAGCUUCAACAUCGUGGGACAACAGCCCUGACUCACUGAUAUCCACAGCCAGUGCAGCGAGGAAAAGGGGUGAGAAGGCAUGAUAUCAGUUCAGCAACUAUUCCAAGAAAUUGGCAGUUUCUUGUGUGUAGACAGCAACAAAUUGGAGCUCCUCCAUUUCCUUGCUGGGGCAGUUAUUGGCUCCUUUGAUGAAGGUAGAGGAAAUGUGCUAGUGGUGACAGAUGGACAGCAGGUACUCUCUGCUCCAGUCCAAGAGAGUACAGGAUCACUUGAUCCAUGUACACAGAGGCAGAUACUCACUUGAUGCUACUUGCAUGCCACACUGCUCAGCACAGCCACCAUUGGAUUCUUGUUCGAACUGUAGAUACAGUGUGAUAGUUCUGGUAGUGAAGCUAGCUCUGUCACUGUUAAAUGAAGACAAACUGUGGAUAGCCUUCAGGACAGGCAAAAACCUCCGAUUCUUGGCCACUCAUGAGAUAGCUUCAUCUCUGGGUCUGAGCAAGGCAUGCACUUCAAAUGUUUCAUGCCCUCACUGGGUUUGACACUGUGUCCUCUUUUGUAGGACAUGGUAAGAGAAGUGCGAGGGCAACGUGGAACACUACCCCAGAGCUCGUCAAUCCACUGCUAACUCUGGCCAGUGCACCAACUGAAAUUCUAGAGGAGGCAAUGCAAGUCAUCCAGAGAUAUUUGGUCCAUCUCUAUGAUUGCACCAGCACACACAAUGAAGUGAACUAAGCAAGAAAGAUGUUUGCGAGGAAGACUUCAAUUCAGCGUAUUCCACCCACCCAUGCUCCCCUGGAACAUGUCAUAAGGGCAGCCUUCCAGGGUGGUCAUGUCUGGGACCAGAUGUUGGCUGCACAGCCACAGCUACCUCCACCAAACUGGGGUUGAAUAAGGGAUGAAGAAAAUGGCUCCUAUGAGUCACUCUGGACCAGACUCCCUGAAGGUGCAGAAACAUGUGAGGAGUUGGUGUCAUGUGGUUGUAAGAAAGGGUGCAGGAACCGAUGCAAGUGCAAGGUAGCAGAUUUUCACUGCACUGCCCACUGCUUCUGUGAAGCAAAAUGUGUGCAAGAUUGACUUGGGAACAUACCACUUGUAUAUUACCUGCCUUUUGUUUUAUUUAAAAGUAUUGAAAGGUUUUGUUACAUCUGACAUGUCAUGCUAUUUUUUAUGACAUGAGGGGACAUUUGUCGGUCAGUUGUAAGAUAAUCUCAUUUCAUCAUAUGGUCAAUGUAUGACUUCAAAAACAUCUUUUUUUGAUAAAGAAAAACUUCCACUAUGAUCACCCAUUCUUUAUGAAAGUGAAUUUUCCAGGAAAAAAACUUGUCGAUGAUUUGCAAAUACGCAUGAAAUCUUCUGAUAUAUUUCUGAUGAACAUUUACCCAGAAAGAGCCUUAUUAUACACAUGCAACCCUAUUCUCCUUAUUACACUAAUGGUAUAUGGUGGCCAUUUUGGAAAAUGGCUGCCAUGGCUGACACAGGCAUAAUCUCAGUUGCCCCAAUAUCUAAAAAAUGUUCACAAUAUGCAACUCUACAUUUGUGCUAAACUUCAUGCUUUCAUCACAAAAUGAACAAUUGCUUGACUAUGCCCCCUUACUACUAUGAUGCAGCACUGGUAUCAUGAUUUGCAUGUUGUUGCAAAAGUCUGUAAACUUUUAUUGAUUAGCCAAAAGAUAUUGUAGGUUAUUUACCAACCUGUUGAAAACUGGUACAUUUACUAUACUUAUUGCAUAUGGAAUCUUCAGGAUUAAUGUGUUCUUAAGACUAAUGUACAUGUAUUAAUUAUUUUAACUUGAAAGUAAGCAGUAGCCUUGUAUAUACAAGUUGAUGAAUUUAUCUUUGGAGAAGAGUGUAUCGUACCAAUAAAUGCAAAGUUUGCUUGUGUAUGAAAUAGAAAUAUUAAACUCUGAAACAUA